GGAAAAUCUGGCCUCUUGCUUGGAGAAACUCAGACCAGUGGAUGAGCAGGAAGUGAUGAUCAGAAAAGUUAAGAGAGAAGAAUCCUGAGUUAAGGGAGUGAAGAAUCCUGAGUUCCCUAUAGAGGUGUGGGCAUGAGGCAGAAGCGCUGGUGCGGGCUGACAACCAGGAUGGGCACCGUGCUGUCGGGAGUCUUUUCCAUCAUGGCCACGCACAUGCACCUCAUAUUUGAAAGGAAACACCUGGGGGAUGUCAACUGCACGGAUUACAACCACAGCCACAGCGUCAACGUGGCCAGUAACUUCAUCAUCUGCUGGAAUUUUGAAAUCGUCAUCGUCCUGUCUGUCAUCACCUUGGUAGUCAGCAGCUUUUUCCUGUACUGCGUAUUCGCCCAGAUCUACAGGGGCCUCAUAGGCUACGUCGUCUGGAUCGUCUCCUAUGAGUCUGCGAACCUGGGGGUGCAGAUCCUCACCCACGAGUUUAAAAUGGCCUGGGUCAGAGCCAUGCGCUGGUUCGGCUGGGUGUUCCGCACAUCUCUGCACUGUUUCUGGAUAUUCUUUGUCAUCGCCCACGCCCAGGUCAUCUACAACAGUCAGAAACGAGGCAACAUUCUCUCCUACCACCCGCAUAUCUCUAUGGCUACCAGAGAUACUCCGCGCCGAAAAGCAAAGAUCCUAAGCUUCAUCCACCACUAUGGUGAUGAAUGAUGGUGGCCAUUUUCUGUCGCCCAGAGGUUCUCAGGGUAAUCCUAGUUCCCCAUAUGUUUG